AUGGGCUACACGAAGGCGCCGAACGUGUCCAGUGUAAGAUGGGGGAGAGACAACGGGGUAAACGCCAAGAAUUGCUUCAUCAAUGACGAAGGACCUAAGCAUAAGCGCUUCGAGGUCACAAGUUGUGGCUUGGUCGUAGAUGAAAAGAGGCCCUACUUAGGUGCUUCUCCUGAUGGGAUAGUAUCUUGUAGCUGCUGCAAAGAUGCGGUAUUAGAAAUCAAAUCUGCGGCAUCAUGUGCACACCUAAACAUUGAUGCCGCCAAGAAGCUACUGUCCUACCUUGACAAUGAUGCUCAUCUGAAAGAGAGCCAUUUAAAUUAUGCACAGGUACAGAUGCAGAUGGCACUAACGAAAACUACCAGAACAUUCUUCGUAGUGUACACACAAAAAAAAAAAAAAGAUUUUAAUGUGGAGGAAGUGGCGUUUAACGAGAGCUUCUGGGUCGCAGCGGUCAACAAGGCUGAAGAGUUUUACUUCUCCUACAUUUUCGCGGAAAUACACAGUCGAGGUUUACUGAACAAGUUCACAGAGGCAAACACUGUGUGUGUUUGUAAAAGCCGCAAGUCUGGAUCUGUCUUAAGGUGUGAAUCGUGCGCUGUAGCCGUUCACAUGAGAUCUGUAAAAUUGAAACGAAUGCCUAGAACAUGGGUGUGCUCGGAUUGCUGCAUGCAAGAAUAG